AGCCUAGCGCCGCCGCCCCUGCAACGAACGAGCAGCCGAGCGGGCAGCCGUGUCCACCUCGCCCCUGACACCCCCCUCCCGGCCGGGAAAUGAUGCCACCGUCCCCUAGACGAGGCGGGUCCUCCUAACGGAGCCGUGCCCGGCCACCGGGGGCCAGGUCCUUGCCUCUUCCUCCCCCCACCCUGACCGGAGACAUCACUUCCUACCCCUGCGCUCGUGCCUCUUCUCCUAAACUAGACAAACGUGUCGGGUGCUGUUGCUACCCCAGGCCGCCACCAGACGGGCAGACGCCCACUGGCUCGGAACUGCUGCUGCUCUGCUACCCACGAGCCCGACGCUCCGGAUCAGGAGAUCAGAGACCCAGCCCUGACAAACUGCUGACACUUCCCGCCCCGUCAGGAGAUCGAAAGAGACCCACCCCGAGGUACUGCUCCUGCUCCUCGCACCCAUCGAUAUCAAGAGGAAAGCUACCAAGAGCUGCUACAACUGCGAAGAAAUGAAGAUCAAGGAUGCCAAGAAACCAUCUUUUCCGUGGUUUGGAAUGGACAUUGGGGGUACGCUGGUGAAACUUGCAUAUUUCGAACCUAUUGAUAUCACUGCAGAAGAGGAGCAGGAAGAAGUUGAAAGUUUAAAGAGCAUCCGCAAAUAUUUGACUUCUAACAUAGCCUAUGGAUCCACUGGCAUUCGAGAUGUCCACCUUGAAUUGAAAGACUUGACAAUUUUUGGCCGAAGGGGAAACUUGCACUUUAUUCGAUUCCCAACUCAUGACUUGCCUACUUUUAUACAAAUGGGAAGAAACAAAAACUUCUCAACACUACAUACGGUGCUUUGUGCCACUGGAGGUGGGGCUUAUAAGUUUGAAGAAGAUUUUCGCACAAUUGGAAACCUCCAGCUGCACAAAUUGGAUGAACUUGACUGCCUUGUCAAAGGCCUGUUGUAUAUAGAUUCUGUUAGUUUCAAUGGCCAGGCAGAGUGCUAUUACUUCGAAAAUGCCUCAGAACCUGAAAGAUGCCAAAAGAUGCCUUUUAAUCUGGAUGAUCCAUACCCAUUACUGGUUGUAAACAUUGGUUCAGGAGUUAGUAUUUUAGCAGUCCAUUCCAAAGACAGCUAUAAGAGAGUGACUGGAACAAGUUUAGGUGGAGGGACAUUUCUGGGUUUAUGCAGUUUGUUGACUGGCUGUGAAAGUUUUGAAGAAGCUCUUGAAAUGGCAUCCAAAGGGGACAGUACACAUGCUGACAAGCUUGUCCGGGAUAUCUACGGAGGAGACUAUGAGCGUUUUGGCUUGCCAGGAUGGGCGGUAGCAUCUAGUUUUGGGAACAUGAUCUACAAAGAGAAGAGAGAAUCUGUUAGUAAAGAAGACCUGGCUAGAGCUACACUGGUUACAAUCACCAAUAAUAUUGGAUCUAUAGCACGGAUGUGUGCAGUAAAUGAGAAAAUAAACAGAGUUGUCUUUGUUGGCAACUUUUUGCGUGUGAACACUUUGUCAAUGAAGCUUCUUGCAUAUGCACUGGAUUACUGGUCAAAAGGCCAGUUGAAGGCCUUGUUCCUAGAACAUGAGGGUUACUUUGGAGCUGUUGGUGCUCUUCUUGGAUUGCCGAAUUUUAGCUGAAUUACUGGAAGCCACUACACUGAAUUGUUUUCCACCUGGAUGGCAUUAUUACUACAUUGUUUAAGUCAAUGGGAACCAAAGGAAAAAAACAGCAGUUUUGCUGCAGUUCUUAAAUUUAAGUGGUAAACUGCUGGCUAUUACUGUAUUAAGGGAAUGGGAUCUUGCUACGUAAGGCAUUUUUAAGUGAAAUACCUGUCGAUUUUGCCUUAUGAUUUCCAGUGAUUGUAGCCAGUUUUGAACUUCUAAAAUGCAAUACAUCCUCUGAAAAACAAGCUUCCUAAAGAGAGAAUUCCAGCCCUUUUAAGUUUUAAUCUUACAAUAGUGUAGACUUAAACAUGAACCUUUAAUGUUAAGCAAGUAUCUUUUGUAGAUAAUUUGAUGAAAGUGGUUUAUUUUGAUUAGUAUGUUUUAGUCUCGUUUACUGCAUUGUACUAAGCAGAAUUUCCCUUGUACUUUUAAAACAAUUGACCUGUAAACACCGAAGUGCCAUCAACAGAAAGCAAAGCAAUGUAGCAUAGAAGAUUAUUUCUCAGUAUAAAGUGUUACAGUGCUUAAUUAUGUUCCAAUAAUUGCAGAAUUUUUAUAUCUAAUGGGAAAAUAUUUGUUUUUAGCCAAUAAUAUUAAGUGAAAAUACAAAGAAGAGCAGCUACUGCUGCAUUUCCACAUAUUUGUACUCUUGUGAAGCUACACAGUUGUCCAGUUCAUUUGUUGAAGGUAGAUAGGGUAUUUUGGGAAGAUGCUUUUGGAUUUAGAUUCAUGAUUCAAGGAACAGCAAGCUUUUACAAAAGGCAUCUGACAUAACAAAAUUCCAUUACCUUACAUUUUAAAUCCUAAAUAAUUUUGAUUUCAUUCUCCUCCUACUUGUGACACACUCUGGAAAGAUUUCUGAUGGCUAUCUACUCAAAAGAGGCCCAGGACUAAAAUAAUAGUACUACAGUUUAAUUCUGGUUCUUUGUAAAUAAACUUGUACAGAUUUCAUCCCUCCUCUACCAAUUUGAAAAUAUUUAGUCUUUCAUUUAAUUAAUCUUAAAAUAUUUCAGUGCUAAUAAAUUAAUCUCAGACCUUUGAUUAUUUUAAUUUAUCUUGCUUAGAGUUGGAAGUUUGUUUUUGUAGUUCCAGAGUUUGUAUUGCAGAGUCAAAAGGACCAGUGUUUAGUAUACUUGGUUAAAUAAUUCCUAUUAUUGCAAACAGUGACCUUGGGAUAAACUCCAUAUUUUGAAACUAGUCUUUGUUUUGUCGUCAUACUGUACACUCAUACUAUUUUACAGAAUUGACUUUACUGUGUUAAGUAUUGCAGCAGCCAGGAGAUAAAGAUUUUAGGCUAGAGAAUUCAUUUCAGAAGUUAAGCCAACUAUGUGUGCGUCGGUGUAUUAUUUUAAUGUGCCUCAGAAGAAAUACCCAGUUUUGCAGUAAGUUAGUUAAUAUUAAGUGUUUCCUGUGUAUGCAUUUAAAAAAGGCUGUAUCGGACUAGCUCAUUGAUCUGUUUGGAAUUUAAACAUGUUUAAAUGGAUAAGACUCUAAAUCAAGUAAAUGAGUAAGUAUUCCAGAACGUGGAUAUGCUGCAUUACAGCAGCAUCUGAUAUUCUUAGCCAUAUUGCCUUUCCAACUAAUGUGCAAACACAGGACAAAAGAUGAUAGGGAGAGAAUCCCCCUUUGGGGCUUUUUGGGGAGGGAGCAUUAGUUGAACUCCAUUAAGAAGUCCUGAACUACAGUGACUUUUUAAUUGGAGAGGUUGCAAAGAGAAGCCGAUGGCCAUUUAAUUCAACCUAGAGGAGUUUCAACUUCAAAUACAGUUUCAUUGUUACUGAGUGCCUAAGCUUAACUUUCAUUUUGAAGACUUUUAAAUUGAGGGUUCAGUCUGGAAAGAAAUGUAGUUCUAGAAAUGAUACUAUCAUUGAGUGAAGGCAACAUCCAUUUGUGAAGUUAAUAUAGCUUGGGGUAAAGUGUCUUUUUGUAAGUUGCUGUUUUACCAUGAAUCAGUGAAAAAGCUAGUUGUAUAGUUGGUAUUAACAAUCAGUAGUAGGAAGAAGUAAUUUAGACUUGUUUUUUUCUAUGAACUUUUCACAAAGAUUAUUUUUCACACCCCAGAUGCUUGCCUUUUUUGAGGGCUAGAGAUUUAGUACUUCAGCACCAUGUCAUAUAGCUAGGCAAGAAACAUUUUAGUGCUGGUCCAUAUCCAUUGUCAUAGAUUUCUUCUUUCACAUACAUCCUGGAGCAUGAACUUUUGAAGCAAUAUGUAGAAGUAGGUUAUCUAUUGAACCUACUGAAAAUAUUGAAAGUAAAUUUAGCUACAGUCUUUUUUCCAGUUCUGUAGCAAGCCAGUCUGAGAAAUGAUCUUGAUAAAUUCAAGAAAUAUCAAUGUAUUAUAGCUCAUGAUAGAUAUAUUUGGACAUUAACAUGGACAUAUGUUAGGAAUGCAUUCAUAAGUAAUUCUUGAAUAGCUGAAUUACUGUACAUGUAUGCUAUUGAUCUUCCUCCUGAGAAAUUAGAUACCGGUCCUGCCUUUGUAUAUCUCUUGCCUUCAGCUUUGAAAAAGUCUGUUUGGCUUUCUUAGUUUCUUCAGCAUAAUUCAUUUGCUUUUUCCUCUUACCCCAACCCUACAAUUCCUCCAGGAGACUACCAGCAAAGCCUUCUAGCCUUCCGCUGCAUCCACUGAGAUUCAUUCUAAUAGGCGAGGGCAGGCCGGUGGCCAGAGUGUAUUCAGGCAUAGUUGCCAGGGUUCAUUCUUUUUGGGAAAAAAAAUUACAAACCAACCUUUUGUCAUCAGAGUUUCUAAAGAUUGAUUGCAUCUUUAAAGGGGUCGCAGACCAUUUCUACUUGCAGUGAGAGUAUCUUUAAAUUUCUUUAUCUACACCUUUGUAUAUAGUUCAAAGGAAUCUUGCCAGGGCUAAAAGGCUAACUUCCUUUAGAGUGAAUAGCUUAAGUAGAUUCAUUCUACAUACUGCUUCAAAAGUUCAGCGCUUUUACCUUCACAUUUAGCAUUUCUUUGUGUCUCCACUAUUUAGAGCUUAAUAGACAACUCAAAUAAGCUGUCACAUACUAGGCAGAAGAAGUGCAACAACUUUCUUUGUAAGCUUAUGGAUCCUCAUGGCUACAGCUGACUUCUCAAGCAGGGAACAACUUUCUUCAAGAGGUUUUCCCCUUGAAAGAAAAAGGCCAAGCUCAUUCUGAAUGUAGUGUGUGUCAGAUUGAAAGCAUGUGCCUUGAAUUUCUCACAUGGUACCAGUGAUGUUUGUUUUGCUGGUACUGCAACUUGAUGUAAGAGCAUACAUGGUACGAGCAAGAACUUAGCACCCCAAACUGACUACUGUAGUUGUGGACAAGAAUUGUAUCAGUGUUUUUAGACAAACUGCUACAUCUGUCAAGAUGACUGAGCUCUCUGCCCUCUCGUCAUGACAAGCUAGUCUAUUUUUGCUGGGGUGGUUACGCCUACCAGUUUCUCCCCUUCCUCCUUCUCCCUCCCGUUUCAAUUAGUCUAUGCAUUAUGUCAGAGGGUUUAGCAUGUCAUUGUCUCCGCUUAUUUUUAGCCCCACAAAUACAGUACAGGCGAUUUCUAGAUCAGACAUUUCAUUUUGUAUGAAGAUAUCAUGGGCCUGUUGGUAUGGCUGACAAACCUCUACCCGUGCUCAACACCUUUCCAGUUGUGCUUAAGGUAACUGCAUUUUGAAUGUUAAGCAACUCCUUUUUGCCUACAUAUUUUGGACCUUUAAGUUUGACCAAAUCUAGAAUCUUGGCAUUAUGGUUUUUUUAAGUCUUCUUUUACUGAAUCUAAUAGUAUUGCCACUUGUAUAAACAACUUUUCUAUAAAGCAUCAUUCCAUUUAGAAUUUAGGAACUUAAAGACUCUAAACGGAUCAUUUUCCCCCCUUUUAUGCCAUUAAGAGCAUUUGUACUUUCAGAGACAUACAUGCAUCACCAAAACACUUAUGUGGUAUUGAUGCUUCAUAAAAGACCUUAGUGCUAUUUAAACUUCUGGUAUUGAGAGAGUUAAGAGGCCAAACUGUUAACAGUUUUCAAUCUCUAAGGGAGACUUAAGAAAUGCUUGACAAUUCUGGUCCUUCAGUAAUAUUUUUUUGCCUAAGUAUUAGUUUUAUUGAGCAGUCUACGUCUAUUGCAUUCAAGUGAUUGGUAGUAUCAUUCUGUAUAUAGAUGCAAGGUUAUUCCUUGUCUUUUUAGUGUGAUGAGAAUAAACAGCUUUUGUUGGUUUUUUUAUAUAUUCUACCUGAACUAAUGUAGAUAUUCAGUAAAGUUCCAAAAAUGUGGUGGUGUAUUUUUACAAAGCUGGCCCGUUCUGAAUAAUUGGGCAGUAACUUACUUUUAAACAUUAGGAAAUGUAUCUGUGGGAGUUUAACUUUUUGAAAGUAUUUCAAGGUGCUUGCACUUAGAGCAAAGUUGUGCUCUUUAAAGACUAAUAAAUGUCUUGUUAUAUUUAUUCAUCAUAUAAUCUUACUUUCAUGCCUUUACUGUUUUGUAAAUAACUCAUUUAUUGUAUAACCUCUGUAAAUGAUUUGCUGGUAUCGUAAAGAGACUGAUUCGUUUAGUUGGUAACAGAAUUGAAAGCAAGAUGGUCCUGUUACCGAUCACUUCAAGCAAAACAAAGUAUUGAGGUUGAACCAGUGCAGCUAAAUAGGUGUAACCCACUUUCUCCUGCAUCUAAAUUAAUAGGCAAUGAAACUGGCUGUUUAUGUUCAUGUUCACCUAAAACAAAAAUUUCUUUUAUUUCCCACAUCCAUAUAUUUAGAAAACCUGCAAUGUGAAGAGUUGUUGGGAUUUGUUGGUAUUAAGGAAUUUAAACAAAAUAUUGAGGGUAAUACUUAAAUAUUGAUAACCUAGCUGUGUAUUUUACUGUAAUAAAUCAGCAAGAGUGUUUGAUAAAUACAGUUGAAGUUAAAUUUUGAGAUAAAAUUCUUCUUCUCUUCAGGCUAAAGCACAGUAGAUUUUUCAGUUAAUUAAGAAUGGAGUUGGUCAGUUAAUUGUCUGCAAAAACUUAAUCAGGUUUAUGGAAGUUUUUGUUAUGAUAUGGAACUGAUGUGGGAUAUUAAGAUGCCUUCUCACAGUGUGGAGUGGUAAUUCUCCACUUAUAUUCCACAAAACGCUUAAGUGCAUAUUACUAAGCCCUCUUGCUCAGGUAUAUCUGGCUCUUCUUGACAAUAUAGUCAGCAAAAAUUUAAUGGUAUUCUAAAAUUAUAUUGUUAAGAAGACGUGAAGAUAGAGAUCAUAAAAGUCUGCAAACAAGCCUGUUUUCUAAGCUGAGUUUACCUACUGAGGCCUCUGAUAUGUAUAGAACACCGUAUUACUAUAUAAUUGAAUGCCAAAUCCUUCUUGUCUUAGUUGCUAAGUAGUCGGUUGAUUUAAAUGGAAACUACUCUUAGCAAUAAUGAAACAUUUGGUCCCAAAAUUCUUUUUAAAAAUGUCAUUCAGAUAGGGAAAAUAGUAGUGCUACUUUGCAUUUUGCUGCUGGUGCUAAAUCAUUUGAAAAAUUUAGAAUCAAAAUAAGUUGUAAAUAAAAGUAUUUAUGGCAUGGUCCUUUUGACAGACUUGAAAUUUGUCUAUUUGCAAAGAUCUCUCAGCCUUAUAUCGAGCUUCCUUUGUAAUAUAUUUACACUGAAAUUCAUUAGUCAAGAGCCAGGGCUGACUUUGUGCUGCUUUCUGUGAAGCAGAAUGCAUUCAAUUUGUGCAUUUUAUGAUCAAUCACCUUCCAUUUCUAGAAUUUAAGUUUUAAAACUAUUAAAUGUUAAUCUUAUACUUUUCCAUGUUUAGUCAUUGUAGCUUAGAGCAGACACAGUUUUAUUACUGGCUACUGUGGGCAUACUAUGUAUCCUGUGUGAGCACUGUAUUUCAAAAAGUACAGCAUUACUGCAUUUGCCAUUUUUGUUGAAAAUUGUGAAUAUGUAUUUAAAGUUUUUAAAGGUAUACUUGUUCAGUAGUCUUAUCUAGAAAAUAAACUGAAAUCGGGUUUCUGAAUUGUUAAUCUGAAGUAAUAAGUUUAACCUGCUCACAUUUCAGUCUCUUCAGCAAGGAUAUUUAAGAGCUUUGAAAAUACAAAGCCCUGAAGCCAGUUACAUUAGUUUCAGAUUGAACAUUACUACGAAAGAUUCAUUUAAACAGAAUUUUGUAGGGAAUGUGAAAAAAUUUGCAGCACCAAGAGCCUGAAAAUUUGUGGUUUUUGGGUGUCCAGAUUGAGAUGGAACAUAAGCAAAGAGUUAUAUUUUGUAUUUUGAUAGCACUAUCUGUUUUUGUUUCAUUUUAAUCAUAUGUAUUUUAACCCUUAAUUGCUAGGCACUUGCCUUACCAUUUGCAGGCCUUCCCAUGACCAAAUCACACCCUGAGUUUUUAUUUCCUUAGCAAAAGGGAUAUCAAAUCCAUACCCUCCUCACCUUGGUUUGGAGUUUAUUUCAGUUCAGUUGCCUUACUCAAUUGUAUUGUAUUUAUCCUAUGUCUGAGCUUAUUUGUUUACUGUUCUGACACUGAAGAUACGAUGUAAAAAGUAUAAUGUGCUGCAAAUUUGUAUUAAACCUAUUAAAUUAUACCUUUAUGUAAACUGUAAUACAUCUCUUGUAAAUUGUUUAAUUUAUUUUUUCAUUUUAUAGCUGCUCAUUACUGAAUGUACAGAAUAGAUUUAAUGUAAUUAAGUAUUUUCAUUGUGGCCAAAUUGAUUGUGCCUACAAAGUAAUCCAUCCCCAUCAAAACUGUAUAUAAUUCUUUACUGCUUGCCUGAUUGCAUGGAUGAAGUUUGGAUUUAAUUUACAUGUCUGUACUGUAUUGCCAUAAGCCAACUUCAAUAUGA